CUAGAUCUGAUGUGAGGUCAGUUAUGGAAGCAUUUUAUAAGCUGUCUUUGGUUUCUAGUGUGUAAACUGUGGCAUGUGCCUGGGAUUAGGACAUUUCGUUGAGGAUUUUAGCAGCUCCCCGAUGCUUGUUUGCUGGAGAGGAGAACUUCAUGGCCUGAACUUCACGCUACACUGACGUUUGCUGGGACGUUUUCAGUUUGCAGCUGAAAGAUGUUCCAGUUCAUCCGGAAACAGCUUCACAAUCACCUGGUGGAGCGCAAAAUCAGGAGAACUCGCCUCGUCACCAAAGACGGCCACUGCAACAUCAAAUUCGGCACCACUGAAUAUCAAAGCCACUUUGCUUUUCUUAAGGACUUCUGGACUACAUUUGUCGAAAUCCACUGGUGUUUCGUAAUUCUUUUAUUUGCCGCAGCCUUCACCGGCAGCUGGUUUGUUUUCGGCCUGCUUUGGUACUCACUAGCCAAAAGCAACGGAGACCUAUCUGAGUCUCAGCAGACGAAAUGCAUCGAGAACAUUAACAGCCUCACGACAGCUUUCUUGUAUUCUUUAGAGACCCAAACGACUAUUGGAUAUGGCGGUCGGGCUCUGACGGGUCACUGUCCUGGCACUGUCGCUCUAUUAAUAAUCCAAUCCCUCAUGGGCGCCAUCAUCAACUGCUUCAUGUGUGGACUCAUUCUGGCCAAGAUCUCGCUCCCGAAGAGAAGAGCAAAGACCGUGGCGUUCAGCGAAACAGCCGUCAUCCGUCUCUGGAAGGGGAAUUUAUGCCUCCAGAUACGAGUUGCCAAUCUACGGAAAACCCUACUGAUUGGAAGCCACAUUUAUGGAAAGCUUCUGCGCACCACUAUCACUCCCGAAGGCGAAACCAUCAUCCUGGAUCAGGUGAAUGUUGAAUUUUCGGUGGACGCUGGGAAGGAUAACUUGUUUUUUGUGUGUCCGCUUACUAUUUACCACGUGAUCGACAAGUCCAGUCCGUUCGCGGACAUGGCGGCGGAUAACCUUCAGCUCCAGGACUUUGAGUUGGUGGUUUUUCUCGACGGCACGGCGGAAUCUACAAGCUUGUCCUGCCAAGUGCGAACUUCCUACCUUCCCAGAGAGAUCAAAUGGGGUUACGUGUUUCUCCCCGUCAUCUCUCGCACCAAAACUGGAAAAUACCGUAUCGAUUUAUCCAAUUUUUCCAAAACGCAGCAAGCAGAUACUCCACAUUGCGCUUGCUGUUUUCAUAAUAAACAUAACAAGGGGCUCAUCCUCCACCGGCAUGGAAGCGAAGGCAUCGAUAACCUGGGAUUUGAUGUUAUUGACCUUCAGGACUCAGCUGAUGUAACUGAGAAGGGCGAUUAAGGCUUGAAGUGACUGAUUGAGAGGAAUCGAGUGUGCAGUAAACAUCCUGUAAUAUGGUGGCAUUUAGUACUGCGAACGUUGAAGCCACAUAAAAGGAGAGGAAAGAAGAGAGGCAGUCGCUUUAGAUGCUUGUGUUUCCUAACAGACACUUUGGCCGCGUUCCAAAACCUAGCGAGCUGCUUGUGUAGACGGUGUUAUUUGAGGUAUUGUUUGUUUCUGAAACGAAGCCUGCUACUAAGUGUCGCAAUUAGGGUUGAGGAUCGUUUGCGAUACAUGUGACAGAUUGAUGCUUUUAGAAUGGUACCGUGCUUGAACUGAGACGCUAGAAAAAGAGGAGUCGCAAAACGAUGGCGGAUGGUGUUUUAUUGAAACGAAACAAAUUGAAUUCGACAAUAUGUUUAAUGUGAGCAGUUGAAGUCAGAAUGAUUUGCCCUCCUGUGGAUCUGUGGUUCUUUUUGAAAGCUUUCCAAAUUGACAGAGCAGGGGGUUCGAACAUGGUGAUGAGCUAGACCAGGGAUGGGCAAACUCGAUCCUGGAGGGCCGGUGUCCCUGCAUAGUUUUGCACCAACCCUAAUCAAACACACCUGCUUGUAGCUUUCUAGUGAUCUUGAAGACACUA